CAAAUUCGCAAAACAAACACUGGCACCAUCGGGAAUUCUGCUAUGGGAUUUGUUUCCGGCGCCGUGGACUCCAUCAUCCUGCUUUUCUCCGCGGUGCUGCUUCUGGCGGUGCCGCUGAUCGACGCUCAAAGCUGCUUUCCUGCUUGGUUCUUCCAUCCGGCGUUGCUCGAUCUCAGGCGCUGGUACAUCGACGAGUUCGGUGACUACUUGUUGAAAGAGAAGCCUCACUUCUUGAUCGGCCUAACUUGGAUUGAGAUCGUCUUCAUCUGGCCUCUCUCAAUCGCCAAUGUAUAUGGGAUCCUUGCCCGCCGGCCCUGGGUCGCCACAACCUCACUCAUGGUGGGAGUCUCUAUCGCCACUUCUAUGGCUGCAGUGAUGGCAGAGCUGCUGGGUUCUGAUAAAUCGCCAGACAAGCUGUUGCAGAUGUACUGCCCAUUUGUAGCUUUCUCAGUUCUGGCAAUCCUCAAGGGACUCUUCCCCGGACCUCUCCCCAAAGUUACUAAGGCAUCUCAUGCACCCUCUGCUAGGAAGAAGAGAGCUUAGCCACUUUGAUUAUUGCUUGUAUUCUUGAACUUAAUUGAGUCUUUGGUUUGUUAAAUUUGACUUUGUUUAGAGCCUUGUUCAAUCAUAAUUGCUACUACUUUAAUCUGUCA